ACCCGUCGUCCCCGCAGCAGAUCUCACUCGGCCCGACUCGGUCUACCACCCCUCUCACCCGGCAUGGAGGAGGCGGGUCUCCUUGCCUUGGGCGGACCUUCCUCAGGGGCUUCAGGCGGUGGGAGGGGGCCGGGAGGAGGAGAGAGGCCAGACGAGCCCUGCGCUGACCCACCCUCAGCCACGCCUUCCGCGGCCCCCCGAGCCCGUCACCCUCUCCCUCGCCUUCUCUCUUCCCCGCUAUUCGGACGAGGCCGGUCGCCCCUCUCUUGCCUGGCUGCUCCGGCGCUUUCCCGACGACCUGAUGCGGAUCUACCAGGCCCUCCUUCUGGGGAAACGCCUCCUCUUCCUGACCGUCUCGGAGCCAGCCGCCUCCGCCUGUCGCGCCGUCCUCUCCUCCCUCCUCCUGCUCUCCCCCCCCUUCCUCGGACUUCUCCGCCGGGCCUUCCCCUACGUCAGCCUGGCCGACCUGAGCUUCCUCCAGCUCCCUUCGCCUCCCACCACUCCCUCUGUCAGCGACAAGGGGGCUCUCGGCCUUGCGCGGGGGUAUGUGGCGGGCGCCACCAACCCCGUGUUCGCCAGGCGCGAGGAGUGGUGGGACCUCCUGUGCGACCUGGACCGCGGCCGCUGCUUCCUGCCGGGGGAGGCAGGAGGAGGGGAGGGAGAGGGUGACGGAGGCACGUUGGGAGGGAGUGGGGCAGGACGGGAGGGGGG